UUCAGUUUAGAUUGGAUUCUGUACAAGGCAACUUCAUUUUACAGCCACAUACAGUCCAACAAAUACCUUCCUCGUUGAAGAAAAGGAGAUAUUCUGCAAUAGGAUCCUGCAUGGUUGGUGUGUUAAGCAGACAUGGCGCUGGAGGAAGGGGCACGGAGCUGUCUGUUGCGCUUUCGCAACAAACUAGAGCAGGACAUCAAGCCCUCUUACCUGAUGGAUCAUAUGAUCAGUGAUGAUGUGCUGACAGUGGAUGAGGAAGAGAAGAUCAAGAUCCAGCCCACCAGGAAAGAUCAGGCUGCGGCCCUGCUGGAGCUGCUACUGAGGAAGGACAACCGUGCCUAUAUCUCCUUCUACAACGCCCUGAUCAAGGAGGCAUACGAUGAUUUAGCCAAUCUGCUUCACGAUAAUCUGCCUCACAUCACACCUGAAGCAUUUAAGAGUAACUCUGAUGCCUUCACAUCCCAUGUCCAGACGGUGCUAAGUGAGGGCGGUGUACCCCAGAGGCCUGUUGUAUUUGUCAGCAGACCGGAGAUGGUGAACCAGAUCAGGGACAAACUCUACCGGCUCCAGAAGGAACCUGGCUGGAUCACUGUUUUCGGCAUGGCUGGCUCAGGCAAAUCUAUCCUGGCUGCUGAGUCUGUCAGACACCACGGACUUAUUGAAGAGUGCUUUCCCGGAGGCAUCCACUGGCUGUCCAUUGGCCAGCUGGACAAACCCGACCUGCUGGUGAAGAUCCAGUCAUUGUGCUUCCGUCUGGAGCAGAGCCUGGAUGCCCAGUCCCUCCACCGGCCCCCCAACUCUUUGGACGAGGCCAAGGAACGCCUACGCUUCCUCAUGCUGCGCAGAUAUCCGAGAUCUCUGCUGAUUCUUGAUGACGUCUGGGAGAGCACAGUGCUAAAGGUGUUUGAUGUCCAGUGUCGGAUACUUCUCACCACCAGAAAUAGAAGCCUUACUGAUUCAGUUAGUGGUGUUAAAUAUGGGGUGGAAGUGGAGAGUGGUAUGGAUGAAAACAAAGGACUGGAGAUCCUCGCUCUGUACACUAAUAUUAAACCCCAGGGGCUACCUGAGGAGGCUCGCAGCAUUGUCAGAGAAUGUAAAGGCUCCCCUCUUGUGGUGUCCCUUAUCGGGGCUUUACUCAAAGAGAAGCCCAACCGUUGGCGUUACUAUCUCUGCCAGCUGCAGCAGAAACAGUUCAAACGUAUAAGGAAAUCGUCCUCUUAUGACUACGAGGCCCUGGACCAGGCCAUGGCUGCAAGCAUUGAGGUUCUACCUGAUGAACAUCAAGAACUAUAUAAGGACCUCACUGUGAUAGAGAAGGACAUCAAAGUCCCUGCUAAGGUGCUGUCUAUCCUGUGGGACCUGGAACCAGAGGAAGUCGAGGACAUUCUCGAAGAGUUUGUCAACAAGUCUCUGCUUUUUAUGGACAGUAACCACAAACCUUACCUGUACUACCUCCAUGACCUCCAGCUGGACUUCCUAGAAGAGAAGAAUCGCACCCAGUUAGAGAGCCUUCACACUAAGGUGGUGCGUCAGUACCAGCAGCACUACAGAGAUGGUCCUCCCACUUCAGGAGAUGAUGAAUGUCUCUACUGGAUCCGAUUCUUGACUUACCACAUGGCCAAAGGCAACCUCUCCCAGGAGCUUAAUUCCCUCAUGUUUUCUCUGGACUGGAUCCGCAUAAAAGCCCAAAUAAUGGGUCCAGCUCACCUCAUCAAUGACUAUGUGGAGUAUGGACCCAUUCUGGACAAAGAGAACAGUGAAGUACGCAGUCAGUUCCAGGAGUUUCUGUCUCUGAACGGCCACCAAUUGGAGCAACGCCCCUUCCCUGACGUGGUGCAGCUUGCUCUGUCUCAACCACACACCUCUGAGGUCUACCGACAGGCUCUGCAGCAGGCACAGGAGCGGGCCAGUACCGGGAAGCUCUACUUUGACUGGCUGAAUAAGAGCAGUUUAGAGAGCCUGUCCCGUCUGGUGAUCCACCCCCACCAGGGUUCCAUCUAUUCUGCCUGCUUCUCCCACGAUGGAGCCAAGAUCGCCUCCUGUGGAGCCAGCAAGACUCUCAAGGUAUUUAAAAGCACCUCGGGUGAGAAGCUCACGGAAAUCCAGGCCCAUGAUGAAGAGGUGCUCUGUUGUGCCUUUUCCCCUGACGACCAUCUUCUAGCAACCUGCUCCAGUGACAGGAAAGUAAAGGUGUGGAAUGUGGCACGAGCCAUGCUGCUGAGGGUCUUUGAUGUGGAGCAUGAGGAGCAGGUCAACCACUGCGAGUUCACCAACACAUCACGACGCCUCCUACUGGCCACCUGCUCAAACGACAAGUGCCUGAAUGUGAAGUUGUGGAACCUCAACAAGCCAUCCUCACAGAACACCAUGUUUGGCCACUUUGAGCCAGUCAACCACUGCUGUUUCUCCCCUGACGACGCCUUUCUGUCCACCUCCUCCAAUGACGGUACCGUUAAGCUGUUUGACGCGUCGUCCGCCAAUGAGUGGAAGACAAUCGACGUGAGGAGCAUGUUCACGGAUAAUGAUGAGGAAGUCUUCGUCAAGUGCAGCACCUGGACUGCUGACGGCAAACGCAUCAUAUGUGCUGCGAGGAACGCCGCUUUGGUAUUUGACGUGGAGACAUCAGACAUGUUGUUAGAGAUCAGGACCAAUCGUCUGAGCACGGUGCAAUACUGUCAAGCCUGUCCGACCAGUAACCUGCUGGCCAUCGCCUUCUCAAACUACGCUGUGGAGCUGUGGGACUUAGAGGCCAAUAAGAAGAUGGCUGACCUCAGUGGUCACCUGAGUUGGGUCCACCGUGUCCAGUUCUCUCCUGACGGCUCACAGCUGCUCUCCUGCUCUGAUGACCAGACUGUCAGGCUAUGGGAGACUAAUAAGGUGCACACCUCCUCAGCCGUCUGCCUGAAGAGAGACUCUGAUGUUCUCUUCAUUGAUGAACAAAUCAUAGUGUCGGCUGCAGACAACUGCAACAGACUGCAGGUGCGUGAUGGCAGAACUGAUUCAGUACUGUUCCAGUCAGAGGAGAAGCCAUCCAGGAUCCGGUGUACUUGCAUGUGCAGACAGCCCUCUGCUGUGGUCCUGGGCCAAGAGGACGGCACUGUACAGGUGUUGGAGGUGCCAUCUGGGAAGAUCCUAGCCACUCUGCUGGGACACACCAAGACGGUGCUGCAUUGCCAGUUUAGUCAGAAUGGCCAAACACUCAUCACAUCUUCAGAGGACACCACCAUAAGGGUGUGGAGGUGGCAGUCAGGGGAGUGUAAAGUCCUGAAGGGUCACAAGGAGCAGGUCAGAUGCUUCUCUCUGCUCUCCACUUCACCUGCUGAUACAAGACUGCUGUCCUGGUCCUUCGAUGGCACCAUCAAGGUGUGGGAUGUGGAAAGCGGAGAGAAGCUGCAGGACACCGAGGCUCACCGAGGCGCCAUCCUGUCAUGUCAUGUCUCGCCAGACGGAUGCCUCUUCGCCACCACCUCUGCUGACAAGACUGCUAAGAUAUGGGGCUGUGACUCCUGGCAGUGCGUCCACACUCUGAGCGGCCACCAAGACUGUGUCCGAAGCUGCCGAUUCUCAUGGGACAGCCGACGCCUCGCAACAGGCGAUGACAACGGAGAGAUCCGGCUCUGGAGUGUCAAGGAUGGCAUUUUGCUGAAGAUUUGUUCGCGGGACGGUAAAGAUGGCAUGGACUCCCUACACGGAGGCUGGGUGACCGACCUGCACUUCUCCCCAGAUAACUCUCUCCUGGUCUCCACUGGGGGUUACAUCAAGUGGUGGGACGUGGAGAGAGGUGAAGCCCUGCAGACCUUCUACCCCUCAGGAUGCGCUUUGAAGAGGAUCCACGUGUCGCCCGACUUCUCCACCUUCGUCACCAUCGACAACAUCGGCAUCCUCUACAUCCUCCAGAGAGUCGUGUGAUGAUGACGCCGCUACCCAAAAAAAAGACCAUUACCAAUUUACAUUGAAGUGAACACAUUCGGUUGUAUUAAGGACGGUCACAGAAGGGUAAAUUACAAACUGCGGCAUCCCUGAGCCAAACACACACUUCUCAGAUAUACAGUUAGCAUUUCUACUGCAGCUAUUAGCAGUUUGCAGCAUUAAAACAGAGCGUUAUAACAAUCAGUUCUGUAGAGUUAGCUAACCUUGCUAAUUUCACUAGUUUACACCCGCAGCUUACCUUCCAGCUGGAGUGAUGAUGCAUCAGCCUUAAAAUUCCUGCAGUGGAUGCAGAUACAUGGUU